CAUUCUCUUUCUCUCUUUUAAAAGAAAAACAUCCCAUUUUCUCAGACACUUUUCCUGUUAUUAUGUUUUUAUUAACAUCAUUUCCUCAUUUCCAACUCUUUAGCUUUCACAACAUUUGAUCUGAUAUGCUUUAUUUUUUUCCUACAUUUCUCAAAAGGGUCAUUUUCCUUUCUUCAAAAAACUCAAUCCCAGAAGAGGAUUAAUCAAAUUAAUAUAUAUUUAGUUACGGAAAAAAAAACCACUACUCAAUGAGUUUUGAUUGAAGCACAACAUAUAUACAUACAUAAUGGGAACUCCAGUGAAUAUCAUUGUAGGUUCUCACGUGUGGGCUGAAGACCCAGAAAUUGCAUGGAUAGAUGGACAAGUAUCAAAGAUUAAUGGGAAUGAAGUUGAGAUCCAGGCUAGCAAUGGAAAAAAGAUUGUUGCAAAGCUAUCAAAAAUAUACCCAAAAGAUACAGAAGCUCCAGCUGGAGGAGUUGAUGACAUGACAAAGCUAUCUUAUCUCCAUGAGCCUGGAGUACUGCAGAAUUUGAAAGCUAGAUAUGAACUUAAUGAAAUCUAUACUUAUACUGGAAAUAUCCUUAUUGCCAUUAAUCCAUUCCAAAGAUUGCCCCAUAUUUAUGAUGCUCAUAUGAUGCAACAAUACAAAGGGGCACCUUUUGGAGAGUUAAGUCCCCAUGUUUUUGCAGUAGCUGAUGUUGCAUACAGGGCAAUGAUUAAUGAGGGCAAGAGCAAUUCGAUCCUUGUCAGUGGCGAAAGUGGAGCUGGUAAAACCGAAACAACAAAAAUGCUUAUGCAGUACCUUGCCUUUCUUGGUGGCAGAGCUGCCACUGAAGGAAGAACAGUUGAACAACAAGUUCUUGAAUCAAAUCCAGUCCUUGAAGCAUUUGGCAAUGCUAAAACUCUUAGAAAUAACAAUUCUAGUCGUUUUGGUAAAUUUGUUGAGAUCCAGUUUGAUAAGCAAGGAAGAAUAUCAGGAGCAGCAAUUAGAACGUAUCUUCUUGAAAGGUCUCGUGUUUGCCAAAUUUCCAAUCCCGAACGCAACUACCAUUGCUUUUACCUUCUUUGUGCUGCACCACAAGAGGAAAUUGAAAAGUACAAGUUGGGAAAUCCGAAAUCAUUUCACUAUCUUAACCAAUCUAAUUGUUAUGAACUGGUUGGAGUAAGUGAUGCUCGUGACUACCUUGCUACAAGGAGAGCAAUGGACAUUGUUGGAAUUAGUGCUAAAGAGCAGGAAGCAAUCUUUAGAGUUAUAGCAGCCAUUCUUCAUCUUGGAAACAUUGAAUUCACAAAGGGAAAGGAAAUUGAUUCAUCACUUCCAAAAGAUGAUAAAGCCAAGUUCCAUCUAAAAAUGACUGCAGACCUUCUCAUGUGUGAUGCUGAUGCCUUGGAGGAUGCAUUGUGCAAGCGUGUGAUGAUCACACCCGAAGAAGUUAUUAAACGAAGUCUUGAUCCUCAAAGUGCAGCAGUUAGUAGAGAUGGCUUAGCUAAGACCAUAUAUUCUCGAUUGUUUGACUGGUUGGUGGACAAAAUUAAUAAUUCAAUUGGACAAGAUGCUAAUUCAAAAUCUCUGAUUGGGGUCCUUGAUAUCUAUGGUUUCGAAAGUUUUAAGACCAACAGUUUUGAGCAGUUCUGUAUUAAUUUCACAAAUGAAAAGUUACAGCAACAUUUCAAUCAGCACGUUUUCAAAAUGGAACAAGAAGAGUACACCAAAGAGGAAAUUGAUUGGAGUUACAUUGAAUUUGUGGACAAUCAAGAUGUUUUGGAUCUUAUUGAAAAGAAACCUGGUGGAAUUGUUGCUCUUCUUGAUGAAGCAUGCAUGUUUCCAAAGUCAACACAUGAAACCUUUGCAAACAAGCUUUAUCAAACAUUCAAAAAUCACAAACGUUUCAUAAAACCGAAACUUUCUCGAACCGAUUUUACUAUAGGCCACUAUGCUGGCGAGGUCCUCUAUCAAUCUGACCAAUUUUUGGACAAGAACAAGGACUAUGUGGUCCCUGAGCAUCAAGACUUGUUAGGUGUUUCCAAAUGUUCUUUUGUAGCAGGCCUUUUCCCCCCAUUAAAAGAAGAGACAGCUAAAUCUUCCAAGUUUUCUUCAAUUGGUUCUCGUUUUAAGUUGCAACUUCAGCAACUAAUGGAGACACUAAAUUCCACAGAGCCUCACUACAUCAGAUGUGUAAAGCCAAACAACCUUCUAAAACCUGCCAUAUUUGAGAAUGUCAACAUUAUGCAACAACUGCGGUGUGGUGGUGUUCUAGAGGCAAUCAGAAUCAGCUGUGCUGGAUAUCCUACUCGCAAACCUUUCUUUGAAUUCAUUAACCGAUUUGGACUCCUCGCCCCUGAAGCCUUGGAAGGAAGCUACGAUGAAAAAGUUGCUUGCAAAAAGAUUCUAGAAAAGAAGGCACUUAAAGGGUUUCAGAUAGGUAAAACAAAGGUAUUCUUAAGGGCCGGUCAGAUGGCGGAAUUGGAUGCAAGAAGAGCAGAGGUACUCAGUAGUGCAGCAAAGACUAUUCAGAGACGCAUAAGGACGCACCAGGCUCGAAAGCAGUUCAUUGCAUUGCGAAAGGCUACUAUAGUUGUGCAAUCAAUAUGGAGAGGAAGACUGGCUUGCAAGAUUUUCGAGAACAUGAGGAGGGAGGCAGCUGCUGUCAAAAUUCAGAAAAACUUACGCAGAUACCAUGCUAGGAAAUCAUACAAGUCGCUUCAUGUCUCAGUGCUUGUCUUGCAGACAGGUUUAAGAGCAAUGGCUGCUCGAAAAGAAUUUAGAUUCAGGAAGCAAACCAAAGCAGCCAUACUUAUUCAGACACGGUGGCGCUGUCACAAAUCCGCUGCAUACUAUAAGAAGCUCAAGAAGAGCUCAAUUCUAACACAAUGCAGAUGGAGAGGAAGAGUUGCAAGAAGGGAACUUAGAAAGCUCAAAAUGGAGGCUAGAGAAACAGGUGCGCUUAAAGAAGCAAAGGAUAAGCUUGAAAAAACUGUGGAGGAACUUACUUGGCGUCUACAAUUGGAGAAACGUUUAAGGACUGACUUAGAAGAAGCAAAAGCCCAGGAGGUUACAAAGUUGCAGAACUCUUUACAAGAAAUGCAGAGCAAGGUUGAUGAAACAAAUGCAUUACUUGUCAAGGAACGAGAAGCUGCAAAGAAGGCCAUAGAAGAAGCACCUCCUGUGAUACAAGAAACUCAAGUACUUGUUGAAGAUACCGAAAAGAUUGAUUCUUUAAAAGCAGAAGUAGAUGGCUUAAAGGAUUCAUUGAAGUCAGAGAAGGAUAAAGCUGAAGACUUCGAGAGAAAGUACAAUGAAUCUCAAGAAUCUAAUGAACAAAGACGUAAAAAGCUAGAAGAUACAGAGAAAAAAACUCAACUGCUUCAAGAAUCAUUGACCAGGCUUGAAGAGAAGCUCACCAAUUUGGAAUCAGAAAAUCAAGUUCUACGCCAACAAGCUGUGUCAAUGGCACCAAAUAAGUUCCUUUCCGGGCGGUCUAGAUCAAUUCUUCAGAGAGGUGGUGAAAGUGGUCAUUUUGGUGUGGAUGUGAAGCCAACUGUGGACCUGCAUAGCUCUUCACUGAACCAUAGGGAAUCAUCUGAAGUAGAGGACAAGCCUCAGAAAUCACUUAAUGAAAAACAACAAGAGAAUCAAGAGCUUCUCAUUAGAUGUAUUGCACAGCACCUUGGAUUCUCUGCAAACAGACCUAUUGCUGCUUGUAUAAUAUACAAAUGCCUUUUGCAGUGGAGAUCUUUUGAAGUUGAGAGAACAAGUGUCUUUGACAGGAUCAUCCAAACUAUAGGCCAUGCCAUUGAGACUCAAGACAACAAUGAAGUUUUGGCCUAUUGGCUAUCCAAUGCCUCAACACUCCUCUUACUUCUCCAGAGGACACUCAAAGCAAGUGGGGCUGCCGGAAUGACUCCUCAACGCCGCCGUUCAUCAUCAGCCACUCUCUUCGGAAGAAUGACACAGAGUUUCCGUGGAACCCCACAAGGAGUCAAUCUUUCAUUGAUCAAUGGUGGUAUGAAUGGUGGAGUGGACAGUUUGAGACAAGUUGAAGCUAAGUACCCAGCUCUGCUUUUCAAACAGCAACUCACUGCAUAUGUAGAAAAGAUAUAUGGAAUGAUUAGAGAUAAUUUGAAGAAAGAAAUAUCUCCUCUGCUUGGCUUAUGCAUACAGGCACCAAGAACAUCAAGAGCAAGCUUGGUAAAGGGAUCAUCAAGAUCAGUUGCCAACACUGAAGCCCAGAGAGCUCUUAUUGCUCACUGGCAAGGGAUUGUUGGUAGUCUUGGAAACUUCUUAAACACUUUGAAAGCAAAUCAUGUGCCUCCAUUCUUGGUCCGUAAAGUGUUUACACAGAUAUUUUCUUUCAUCAACGUUCAACUAUUCAACAGCCUUCUACUAAGACGAGAGUGUUGUUCGUUUAGUAAUGGUGAGUAUGUUAAAGCUGGAUUAGCUGAACUAGAACACUGGUGUUACAAGGCAACUGAUGAGUAUGCAGGUUCAGCCUGGGAUGAGCUCAAGCAUAUAAGACAAGCCAUUGGGUUUCUGGUUAUACAUCAAAAGCCCAAGAAAACAUUAGAUGAAAUAAGUCAUGAUUUGUGCCCGGUGCUUAGCAUACAACAGCUGUACCGGAUCAGUACAAUGUACUGGGAUGACAAAUAUGGCACCCACAGUGUCUCCACAGAUGUUAUAUCCAACAUGAGGGUUUUAAUGACCGAAGACUCCAACAACGCCGUCAGUAAUUCUUUCCUCUUAGAUGAUGAUUCCAGUAUACCAUUCUCAGUGGAUGACUUAUCAAAGUCCAUGGAACAAAUAGACAUCGCCGACAUCGAACCUCCACCGCUCAUUCGUGAGAACUCAGGAUUUAGUUUCUUGUUGCCUCGUUCGGAUUGAUAUCAUAUAUAUAAACACAUAUAUGUAAAGUGAUUCAUUUAUGAUCGAUAUCCUUCCAUCAAUCCUAAUUAAUAAUACGUACACAUAUCUAUGUAGCUAGAGAAGAUAUCUUGGUGUUUUUGUAUAUUGUUGAAUUUCGUUUCCUCCUAAUAUGAUCUUUUAUAUUAGCUUUCAUGUUGUACAAGUACACUAGUCCAUUUUAGUGAAUAGAACCAAUAUGAUAUCAAAUUUUUGUUUGAUAA